AGAUUUUCCAAAAAUGAAUUAUUUCAACUUUCAAUCUGCUACCUGGGUAUUCUCGUUUUUACACCUGCCAUGCCACCUGAUAAACGUAAUCCCAACAGUGAGCCGACUCUAAUGAUCGGAGAUGUCCCAAUGAACUUCGAUUUCUCACAUAUUGAUAAUUUGAUAUGCAAUACAUAUCCCACGCCAAUUCAACUAAGAAAAUCGCCUACUAGAAACGAGACAUCGAUCAACGCUUUCUACCAAUACUCGUCAUUUGUAGAUGCCCGCAAUGCCUUGAGAAUUCUGAAUGGAGCAGUGGUACCCGGAAUGGAGAAUCAUUAUCAAUUAGAUAUGAAUUUCACAAAACAACGCGUUGAAGCUUGCGCUCAUAUAACAAUCAGCUUUGUUCACUUUAAUCGUUUUGAAGUCAUGAAGUUGUUUUCACGUUACUCAUCAGUUUUGGGUCUGUCACAAUAUAAUUUCAAACUCUGGAAUGGGUCAGUGCCAAGGACAACAAGCUUUAUUCGGUUUCGAGAUCAGGAUGAGUGUAUGCAGGCUGUUCAAGAACUCAAUAAUAUUCCUGUAGAAGACAGUGUGAUCCACAUGACUAUAUCAACUCGGUUCAUUGAUUCCCUGAAAGAAUAUGUUAUAAAACGAGAAGCAGAAAAGAUGGAAGUUGGAGUUCCGGAAUUUCACAACUUUUAUGAAAAAAAGCGAGUCAAUGUGGAACAGUUCAAUGAAAUAGUGAUGGCUUCAUCUUCGGAGUACUUUGAUGAUUUGGAAGCAUCUAGAUGGUCAAGUAUUGCAUUCAAAACAAAUGCCAUUGACAUACACUACAAUCGACAAAUUACUAUUGAUUAUUUCGAAAAUUAACUUUUCAUGCAUUUUCUUCAGGGUUUUAAUUGUUUACUUGUUUUUUCGAUUUUUCUGAAUUAUUCAUCAAUUUAAUAAAAUACAGUUGUAAAA